CUUCGGUCUCGCGCGGGCGCAGGAGCCGCCAGCUCCUUAUCUGCACACCAGCGCCUUUUGCAGGACGCUCCGUCCUCUCGCAGCAGCGCAGCGUUCAGCCUGUGAUCGCUGCGCGCGCCGUGACGCCAAGAGGCCCCCUCGCCGCGGAAGCGGGUCGCUCGCGAGGUCGCCGCGCCAGCGCGCAGAGAUCAGCAGCGAUCAUGGAGACGCCACCGGAAGCCGUCGAGAUGGCCGUCGAGCCCACGGGCCCGCCGGCGCCGGCGCCCGCGCCCGAAGUCGUGAGAACGUCCUUCGUCAUCCCCGACCUCGCCGCCUUCGCGAACGGUUUGCAAGCUCUGAGUAGGCCGCAGCGCGUCAAAAGGUUAUUAUUUGUGGCGGACCGGUCGAUUAAUGUGGACCAAGCCAAGCGAGCGGCGGAGCUCGCGUUGUUCGAAGCGACCCCGGGCGGCGACGCUAGUUCUAUAAGAGCGGCGGCGCAGAAGGUCCAGGAUCUAGGUGGUAAUGGCGACUCUACUCAAGCGGAUGCCGCCGACACGCAAUCGAGAGACAAGUUGCGGAAGGCCGAGGCCGACCUUGCACGAGCUAGGACAGCAAGAGAUAAAUCAGCCACGAAGACCGCCUACGCCAACGUCGCGGCGUGCCAUGUCGAGCGAGGAGACCUCGCGCCGGCCGUCAAAGCAUUUAGUAGAGCGAGGGACCACUGCCAGGCCGGUUCCAGUGAUCAAGUGGAAGCUUGCGUCAUGGUCGCCGUGACGGCGGCCGCGCAUGGCGCUUGGUCGAACGUUGCGUCCUACUGCGCGAAGGCGGAGCACGCCCUAGAUGCGCCCGGGGUCGCCAGAAACAACAACACGAUCCAUAGACGGAGAUUAAAGACGUGUAAAUUAGCCUCGCACUUGGACGGGAAGCGGUAUGCAGAGGCGGCGCGCGAGGCCGUCGCCGUGGCUUCGGGUUUGGUCGACGAGGACGACGAAGCCACACCGGGCUUCGACUUCGUGCCGUCGCAGGACGUCGCGGCGCAGGCGGCAUUGUUAGCCGUAUCUUCCUUCGACCGGUCCCAGCUCAAGAGCUUAUGUGUCGAUGAUGCGGCGUACAAAACGACUCUGGCGCAGCGCGGCUCCGUCGCGGCCAAGGACGUCGUGGAAGUGUGUUAUGCUGGAGACUACGCGAAGGCGCUUUCAUUUAUUGCCGCUCUUGGUGAUGAAUUAGCGCUGGAUCCGGUAUUAGCCCCGCACGCUUCAGCACUCAAAGAGAAGGCCGUGGAUCGACUCAUCGCGCAGUACUGCAAGCCCUACAAAACUGUGGACCUAGCAAGGAUGGCUUCUGCCUUCUCCUUGGAGCAAGACGCGCUCGAAGAUCGGGUCGCGCGGUUAGUUGGUAGUGGACAACUCGGCGAUUUGCGCGUCGAUCUGGUCGACCACGCCUUGCGGUCGUCUACAUCAUCAAAAAGGGACGCGGCGCUGCGCGAUGUACUAGAGCGGGGCAAUUCGUACUUAUCCGAGGUGCGCGGGUUGUUGCUGCGGACGUCGUGCGUCGAGCAUGAUUUGGUGGCGCGGGGCCGGGCGACGGGGCCGGCAGACCGCGGGGGCCUGCGCGGUUUAGAUAGGUGGGCGGGCGGCGCGCCGCUCGCGGCGGCGUCGCGGCGCGCGCGCGGCGGCGACGCGCGGCAGCGCAUGAUGUUGGAUGAUUAUGGCGAGGUCGACGCCGCGGCGACGACGCCGCGUGGUUUCAGUGAUGGCAUCAUCGCCGCGGACGACGACGACGACGACGACGACGAGGUCCUCGACGCGCCCUAGUAGCUUCCUUCCCCCUCUCUGUGUCCCGUAACGAAAGCUAUCUCCUUAUCGUCGUGCACAGUAUUCUGCGACUGAUUUUGGAGCUAGGCGCCUAAAACGCCGUUUGCUAGUGUCUUACAAGUCGCUAGCUAAUCGCAUUUUGCGGAGGUCAUUGGCGAAUUGAUCCUACGCUGUCCACACUGCACGCCACAGCACAGCAACUCUGCAACAGCAAACGUGAUACCGCUUCUAGCGACUGCAGCGAACCGAGCUUCGUUCGACUAGCAGCGACUGCAAGCCACCACUGUGCAAGCAUACCAAUAGCUACGGCUCGCAAAAGAGGGCAGCAAGAGCACCAGCAAUAGCGCACAACUAGCACAAAUGGCCGAGGACGAAGCCACGCGCGACGAGGCCGAGGAGGAGGCGCUCGACGCCGCCGCGCCCGCCGAGGGCGGCGAGCCCACGGCAGCCAAGAAGAAAAAGAAGAAAAAGAAGAAGAAGAAGCCCGCCGCGACUGAAGAGGGCGCCGCCGAUGCGAAUGACGAUGCGGCCGAAGACGACGCCGACGACGCGGCCGAGGCCAACGACGACGGCGAACCUACGGCAGCGAAGAAGAAGAAGAAGAAGCGCUCGAAGAAGAAGAAGCCGACGGGGACGGGCUCGAAGGAGCCCCUGUCUCGGUUGUUGGGAGGAUUCACGGAUUCCUACGUAAGGUACGGCCAGACGGAGCCGCCCACCAUCCCCGUCUCGAAACUCUUCAAGGCCGACGCGUUCCCCGUGGGCGAGAUUCAAGAUUAUGAAGGGGGAAACGCGAAACGAGUCACGGACGCCGAGAAGCGCUCCGCGGACCGCAUGCAGGAGGGCCUCUGGAACAAAGUGCGGCACGCGUCCGAGGUCCAUAGGCAAGUGAGGCGCUACGCCCAGUCCUUCAUCAAGCCCGGUUUAUCAUUGACAGAGAUGUGCGAGAAGAUCGAGCAGAAAAACAGGGACUUGGUCGAAGAGUCGGGCCUGCAAGCGGGCAUUGGGUUCCCGACGGGCUGUUCGAUCAACCACAUCGCGGCGCACUUCACGCCGAACACGGGCGAUACGACGAUCAUCCAACAAGGAGAUGUGAUGAGCGUCGACUUUGGGACCCAGAUCGAAGGGCGCAUCAUCGACUGCGCCUGGACCGUGGCCUUCGAUCCCAAGUACGACAAAUUGUUGGAGGCGGUGAAAGAAGCUACCAAUACUGGCAUAAAAACGGCGGGCAUCGAUGUUAGGUUAUGCGACGUCGGCGAGGCCGUGGAGGAGGUCAUGGAGUCCUACGAGGUCGAGUUGGACGGUAAAGUAUUUCCGGUGAAGUGCGUGCGCAACCUGAACGGCCAUUCCAUGGGCCCCUACCAGAUCCACGCGGGCAAGAGUGUACCAAUAGUGAAAGGAGGCGACGCGACGCGCAUGGAGGAGGGCGAGUUUUAUGCGAUUGAGACCUUUGGUAGUACUGGAAGGGGUCAUGUGGUCGAAGAUUUAGAGUGUAGUCAUUACAUGAAGAACUUCCACGCGCCUCAUGUACCUUUACGGAUGCCGCGGGCAAAGAAAUUACUCUCACAUAUCAACAAGACCUUCGGCACGCUAGCGUUCUGUAGAAGGUGGCUGGAGCGGCCGGACGGCGGGUCCGCGGCGGUGCACGGUGCGCAGGGCGCGGCGCAGGAGAAGUAUCUAGGAGCUUUGAAGAACCUCUGCGACGUCGGCAUCGUCCAGCCCUACCCGCCGCUGUGCGACAUCAAGGGCUCUUAUGUGGCGCAGUACGAGCAUACGGUCUUGAUGAGGCCGACGUGCAAGGAGGUCGUGAGCCGCGGGGACGACUUUUAGAACUAAUAUU